UCGAAGUGUAAUAAUUUUAUGGAAUACACUAACUGACAAAUAAUGAUUAGCAAUUGAAAGCAGUUGUACAAAUAGAAGUUAAGGCAUAAGCUUAUUUUUAGGGCGAAUUGAUGAUUACAACAUCAAUUAAUCUCUUAGUUGAAUUGUCAUAGCUUAGACAAUGCAGUUUUACGCGAUCUUUGUUAUAACAGUGAUAAAAUUACAAGUUUUAGUUCAUACAGCAUCAUUUGAGGAAGAAAAUGGCAUUGAAAAUUUAGGCCCGCCAUACAAAAAUAUCAAAAGUAUCAACGAUUAUAGCCCUGUAGCAAAAUAUAAUGGAAUAAAUAAAAAAAAUAUAGGAAAUGGUAUUGAAAUUAAAAAUUCUAACAGACAAAAAGUAAAAGAUAUAAAUCCAUUAAUUGAUAGUCAGAAAUAUCCAAACAAAAAAACUGAAUAUAAAAAAGAAAACAAUUUAUAUAAUGACGAAUUACUUAAGCCAGAUAUCAUUUUAGACAACACAAAUAAAAAUACUAAAGAAAAAAAUCAAAACUACCAAUUAUUUUCUUCCUCAGAAAAUAUAAAAAUAAUAGAUAAAAAUCAAGGAAAUAGAAAAAAUCUUAUUAACAUUCAAAAAUCUAAUGUACAGCAUAAAAUUAAAGAAAUAAAAGACACUCAAGAAAAUAGAGAAUCAAAAUCAAAAAAAAAAAACUUUAAUCAAUUUAAUACGUCUAAAACAAGCUCUAAGAGUAUGCCCAUUAAUGAGUCUCACGAUGAUCAUAAUAUUUUCGCAAAAUUAUUGAAAAAAAAUAAUAAGAAAACAAACUUAAAACAAAAUUUUGAAAGUGAAAAAACUAACUGGGAACCUAAAAAAAUUUCCAUUGAUAAAAGUCAAUAUUCUGACAAACCAAAGAAAAUAAUACAUAACAACAAACAAGAAGAUACAAACGAAAUGAGUAUGUUUGGAAAUUUAUUUGAUGAGGAUGAAGAUAAUACAAAAGAGAAUAAUCAUAUACCAAUUAACAAACCAUUAAACACAAAUAUAUUAGAGAAACCUCCUAAUAAAAGCAAUAACAUAUUGAAUAAAUGGGACUCAAAUAAGUUACAAAAUAAAAACUCGAACACAAAAGGUCCACAUAAUGACUCAAUUAAUAAAAAUCCAACUAAAAAUGUAGCAAUAAACAAUAUUGAUAAUCCAUAUAAAGAACCUACAUAUAACUCUAAUUUUUUCAAUAAUCACGUAGAUAACGAAGGUCCUAAUAAUAAAUAUGAUCCAACUUCUCCAAAAAAAAAACAAGAAUAUCCGUCAAAAGAUUUGGAAAAACUUAAUAAUACAUUAUUAGAAAACACAAACACAAAUCAUGAAAUUGGAAUUCAUUCAAACAACCAGUUAAAUCCAUCAAGUCAUUAUGAACAACCUGAAAACCAGAACAAACACUUGCAAAAUAACCCAAUAAGUAAUACAAAAAAAAAUGAAGAAAUUAUAACACCAUUACAAACUAGUGAUCAACAUAGAAAUGAUGACGAAGCAUCGCCAAAUAAAAAUUCUGAUUUUUUUGGAAAUUUGUUUAACAAUCGAUUUAAUAAAAGACCAAAUACAAAUAAUGAAAACGGAAAUCCUACCGAAAACCAAUUGGUACCAUCAACAGAUAAUGAACACGCAACAAAAAACAAUUCUCCCUUAUUUGAUAAUACCAAUAAUGAUUCAAAUAAAAAGAAUCCUAUUAAAAAUGAUCAAUUUGGAACACCAUCACAAACUAGUGAUCAUCAUAGAAAUGAUGACGAAGCAUCGCCAAAAAGAAAUUCAGAUUUUUUUGGAAAUUUGUUUAACAAUCGAUUUAAUAAAAGACCAAAUACAAAUAAUGAAAACGAAAAUCCUACCGAAAACCAAUUGGUACCAUCAACAGAUAAUGAACACGCAACAAAAAACAAUUCUCCCUUAUUUGAUAAUGCCAAUAGUGAUUCAAAUAAAAAGAAUCCUAUUAAAAAUGAUCAAUUUGGAACACCAUCACAAACUAGUGAUCAUCAUAGAAAUGAUGACGAAGCAUCGCCAAAAAGAAAUUCAGAUUUUUUUGGAAAUUUGUUUAACAAUCGAUUUAAUAAAAGACCAAAUACAAAUAAUGAAAACGAAAAUCCUACCGAAAACCACUUGGUACCAUCAACGGAUAAUAAAAUAUUACCAAAUAAAUACCAACCCCUUGGGGAUAAUCCAUUUAGCAAUUCCAAUAAUAAAAAACCAAAAAUAAAUGAUGAAAUAGAUAAUUAUUCAAAAAAUCAUGGUAAUCUAUCAUCUGAUACUGCAAAAUCACCAAAAACAAAUAAUAACUCAUUUGAUAAUGCCAAUAGUGAUUCAAAUAAAAAGAAUCCUAUUAAAAAUGAUGAAUUUGGAACACCAUCACAAACUAGUGAUCAUCAUAGAAAUGACGACGAAGCAUCGCCAAAUAAAAAUUCAGAUUUUUUUGGAAAUUUGUUUAACAAUCGAUUUAAUAAAAGACCAAAUACAAAUAAUGAAAACGAAAAUCCUACCGAAAACCAAUUAGUACCAUCAACAGAUAAUGAACACGCAACAAAAAACAAUUCUCCCUUAUUUGAUAAUGCCUAUAGUGAUUCAAAUAAAAAGAAUUCUAUUAAAAAUGAUCAAUUUGGAACACCAUCACAAACUAGUGAUCAUCAUAGAAAUGAUGACGAAGCAUCGCCAAAAAGAAAUUCAGAUUUUUUUGGAAAUUUGUUUAACAAUCGAUUUAAUAAAAGACCAAAUACAAAUAAUGAAAACGAAAAUCCUACCGAAAACCAAUUGGUACCAUCAACAGAUAAUGAACACGCAACAAAAAACAAUUCUCCUUUAUUUGAUAAUGCCAAUAGUGAUUCAAAUAAAAAGAAUCCUAUUAAAAAUGAUGAAUUUGGAACACCAUCACAAACUAAUGAUCAUCAUAGAAAUGACGAGGAAGCAUCGCCAAAAAGAAAUUCAGAUUUUUUUGGAAAUUUGUUUAACAAUCGAUUUAAUAAAAGACCAAAUACAAAUAAUGAAAACGAAAAUCCUACCGAAAACCAAUUGGUACCAUCAACAGAUAAUGAACACGCAACAAAAAACAAUUCUCCCUUAUUUGAUAAUGCCAAUAGUGAUUCAAAUAAAAAGAAUCCUAUUAAAAAUGAUCAAUUUGGAACACCAUCACAAACUAGUGAUCAUCAUAGAAAUGACGACGAAGCAUCGCCAAAAAGAAAUUCAGAUUUUUUUGGAAAUUUGUUUAACAAUCGAUUUAAUAAAAGACCAAAUACAAAUAAUGAAAACGAAAAUCCUACCGAAAACCAAUUGGUACCAUCAACGGAUAAUAAAAUAUUACCAAAUAAAUACCAACCCCUUGGGGAUAAUCCAUUUAGCAAUUCCAAUAAUAAAAAACCAAAAAUAAAUGAUGAAAUAGAUAAUUAUUCAAAAAAUCAUGGUAAUCCAUCAUCUGAUACUGUACAAUCGCCAAAAACAAAUAAUCACUCAUUUGAUAAUGCCAAUAGUGAUUCAAAUAAAAAGAAUCCUAUUAAAAAUGAUGAAUUUGGAACACCAUCACAAACUAGUGAUCAUCAUAGAAAUGACGACGAAGCAUCGCCAAAUAAAAAUUCAGAUUUUUUUGGAAAUUUGUUUAACAAUCGAUUUAAUAAAAGACCAAAUACAAAUAAUGAAAACGAAAAUCCUACCGAAAACCAAUUGGUACCAUCAACAGAUAAUGAACACGCAACAAAAAACAAUUCUCCCUUAUUUGAUAAUGCCAAUAGUGAUUCAAAUAAAAAGAAUCCUAUUAAAAAUGAUGAAUUUGGAACACCAUCACAAACUAGUGAUCAUCAUAGAAAUGACGACGAAGCAUCGCCAAAUAAAAAUUCAGAUUUUUUUGGAAAUUUGUUUAACAAUCGAUUUAAUAAAAGACCAAAUACAAAUAAUGAAAACGAAAAUCCUACCGAAAACCAAUUGGUACCAUCAACAGAUAAUGAACACGCAACAAAAAACAAUUCUCCCUUAUUUGAUAAUGCCAAUAGUGAUUCAAAUAAAAAGAAUCCUAUUAAAAAUGAUGAAUUUGGAACACCAUCACAAACUAGUGAUCAUCAUAGAAAUGACGACGAAGCAUCGCCAAAAAGAAAUUCAGAUUUUUUUGGAAAUUUGUUUAACAAUCGAUUUAAUAAAAGACCAAAUACAAAUAAUGAAAACGAAAAUCCUACCGAAAACCAAUUGGUACCAUCAACAGAUAAUGAACACGCAACAAAAAACAAUUCUCCCUUAUUUGAUAAUGCCAAUAGUGAUUCAAAUAAAAAGAAUUCUAAUAAAAAUGAUAAAAUUGGAACACCAUCACAAACUAGUGAUCAACAUAGAAAUGAUGACGAAGCAUCGCCAAAUAAAAAUUCUGAUUUUUUUGGAAAUUUGUUUAACAAUCGAUUUAAUAAAAGACCAAAUACAAAUAAUGAAAACGGAAAUCCUACCGAAAACCACUUGGUACCAUCAACAGAUAUUGAACACGCAACAAAAAACAAUUCUCCCUUAUUUGAUAAUACCAAUAGUGAUUCAAAUAAAAAGAAUUCUAAUAAAAAUGAUAAAAUUGGAACACCAUCACAAACUAGUGAUCAACAUAGAAAUGAUGACGAAGCAUCGCCAAAUAAAAAUUCUGAUUUUUUUGGAAAUUUGUUUAACAAUCGAUUUAAUAAAAGACCAAAUACAAAUAAUGAAAACGGAAAUCCUACCGAAAACCACUUGGUACCAUCAACAGAUAAUGAACACGCAACAAAAAACAAUUCUCCCUUAUUUGAUAAUGCCAAUAGUGAUUCAAAUAAAAAGAAUUCUAAUAAAAAUGAUAAAAUUGGAACACCAUCACAAACUAGUGAUCAACAUAGAAAUGAUGACGAAGCAUCGCCAAAUAAAAAUUCUGAUUUUUUUGGAAAUUUGUUUAACAAUCGAUUUAAUAAAAGACCAAAUACAAAUAAUGAAAACGGAAAUCCUACCGAAAACCACUUGGUACCAUCAACAGAUAAUGAACACGCAAUAAAAAACAAUUCUCCCAUAUUUGAUAAUGCCAAUAGUGAUUCAAAUAAAAAGAAUUCUAAUAAAAAUGAUGAAUUUGGAACACCAUCACAAACUAGUGAUCAACAUAGAAAUGAUGACGAAGCAUCGCCAAAUAAAAAUUCUGAUUUUUUUGGAAAUUUGUUUAACAAUCGAUUUAAUAAAAGACCAAAUACAAAUAAUGAAAACGGAAAUCCUACCGAAAACCACUUGGUACCAUCAACAGAUAAUGAACACGCAAUAAAAAACAAUUCUCCCAUAUUUGAUAAUGCCUAUAGUGAUUCAAAUAAAAAGAAUUCUAAUAAAAAUGAUGAAUUUGGAACACCAUCACAAACUAGUCAUUAUGAACAUCCUGAAAACCAGAACAAACACUUGCAAAAUAACCCAAUAAGUAAUACAAAAAAAAACGAAGAAAUUAUAACACCAUUACAAACUAGUGAUCAACAUAGAAAUGAUGACGAAGCAUCGCCAAAUAAAAAUUCUGAUUUUUUUGGAAAUUUGUUUAACAAUCGAUUUAAUAAAAGACCAAAUACAAAUAAUGAAAACGGAAAUCCUACUGAAAACCACUUAGUACCAUUAACGGAUAAUAAAAUAUUACCAAAUAAAUACCAACCCCUUGGGGAUAAUCCAUUUAGCAAUUCCAAUAAUAAAAAACCAAAAAUAAAUGCUGAAACUGAUACUCCUUCAGAUAGUCUGUUUAAGCCUUUAACGAAUACUGAUCAAACUCCAUUUAAAAACAAUAACUUGAAUGAUAACUCUCAUGGUAACUCAUUUUAUAAGAAGCCAACCUCAAAAUCUACAAGUAUGCAUUUUAAUAAUAUUAACUUCAAUGAUAUUAAUAAUUCUGUAAAUCCUGUUUUAUCUAAACUACCCGAUAAUUUAAGUAAUUCGAAUAAUGUUAGUUGUAUUAAUUUACCGAAAUCGGACAAUGACGCUGUUCAUAUUACGAAUUUGAUAAAACCUCUUAUUGAUGUUAAUCAAAUGGAAAUUAGUCCUAAAAUGGACUCUUUGUCAGAUAAGUUCAAUGAGUUCAAUACUACUACCUCUGUUAAUAAAAAACCUACCACACAUGAAUAUGGUAAUUCUAUUUAUAGAAAUGAUGAUAAAACAAUGUCAAUAAUUCCAAAUGAUUAUGAUAAAGAAGUAUCGUUGCCCAAAAAUAAUAGUCAAAUAUCUAUUGAAAAACCCUAUAAUAUCAUUCUCAACAACGUAAAUACUCUAAAUAAUCCUCUGAAAAUUUUAUCUUAUAAUGACUUGAACAAUCUGAAACCAUUAGAUAAAAAUGGAACUUUUGAUGAAAAUUUAAAUUUGAAUCAAAUUCCAAACAGCCCAAUGUCACAUUUUGUUAAUCCAUCAGAUCUAGCCAAAAAUUUAAUCAAGUUGCCUGUCAAUUCUUUAAAAAAACCUACAAUUCAAUAUGGUGAUAUAAACUUACCAAAUGAAAGUAAUUUUAAAAAUGAAAAACCAUUUAAAAAUUAUAAAAACAUGGAUGUAUAUCCUGUAUCGAACAUCAAUCAAAUAUCCAAUAGUAAUUCUAAUAAUAUGGAAAAUCCAAAUUUAGUACAAUCAACAGAUAAACCUUACAACGUUGUUUUGAAUAAUGUCAAUAAUAUAUCAAAUCCUGAUAAAACAUCAUCUAACAUUAAUACAAUUAAUACUUCUUUUCAAUUUGAUAACGGUGGUAAAACUGAAAAAAUUUCCAAAGAAAAUCAAAUUUCUAAUGAAAAACUAAAUAAAAAAAGUAAACACAAAAUUGAAACAGCAAAAAACACUUUUAAAAAACAAAGUAAUUCAGGAAAACCUUAUAAUAAUUUCGAUAAGGUGUCUUCCGGAUUUGGUUAUUCAACUCUCCCUUAUUUAUUUAAUUCAGAAAAUGAAGGGACUCUAAAAACAAAUAAAUAUGACCAACCUCUUGUUCAAUUUAAUUCUUUCAACAGUGGAACAAUAGAUUCACCUAAUAAAUUCAUAAAAGAAGGUAAUUUAGAAUCAAAUACUGACAAUUUUGAUUCAAUUGAUGACAAUAAUAAGAAUAAUAAUUUGAUUAAACCUAAAGUGCAUAAACCUAUAACAAAAAAGAAUAAUCUCAGUAAAAAUGAUGGAGAUCAUUCAUCAUGUAGCAAUGAAGAAUCAAAAACAAUUAUUUCAAUGAAAAAACCAAAAAAUAAAAAUAAAAUGGACAGUUUAAAAAGUAAUAACUCAUUUAGUGUUUCAGAAGAAAGUAGUAAUGGAAAAAAACAAACGAAAAUGGAAAAGGAGAAUAGAUUGAACAAUAAAUUAACAAAUACAAAUACAGCAUCAAAUAAUGGAAAUACAAAUAUAAAUAUUAACACAAAUGAUAAAUUAAAAUCUAAUUUAGCUAGCGAAGAAUUAUUGAAAAAUAAGUAUAAGAGUAAGAAAACUAAAAAAACAAAUAGUUCAGAUGAAGAUGACGAUUUGAAUAAUCUAAAAGUUAAAACUAAACUUAAAACUCCAAAUUCGAUCAAAUACACAGAUAAUAACCAUAAAACAACUUUACAUAAUGAAUCACCAAUUAUAAAUAUUAAUCAUGAACAGGGUUCUCCUGGUAUAAUUGAUUCUAAUCCAAUGAUGAAUCUAUCAAUUCUCGAUAAAUAUGAUUUGUACCCAAAAGACUUUUGGAAAGUUAUACUUCAAAAUCCAAAUUUGUUUCAUCCACCAACUUACAUUAACCCUAACGAAUACAACUAUAAUACUAUGAAACCUACAAAUGAUAUGAAUAAAAUAAAUCAAGAUACUAUUAAAAAUCCUAAUGAGUUUAUGCAAAAUACAAAUAGUCUUAAUGCAAAAACUAUUUAUAGUAAUCCUGGAAAUAUUGCAAACGAAGAAUUACGACCAAAUCAGCCAAUAAAUGAUGAAAAAAAAAUCCCUACAUUUAAAUCUAGUGAUAAAGAUACCAAUAAUAACUACUUUAACAUAAACACGUUUUUAGAUAAACCAUCUCAUACGGAAUAUAAAAAAGAUGAAGUAUAUACACCGAAUAAUGUACCAGAAAAAAAUAGCCUUCACAAUUUAAUAACAAAUGAUGAAAACAAUAAACUUAUUAAAAAUCCUAAUCCAGAAGUUAACUUCGAUCAUAUGUUUAAGGAACUAGCUAAUAAAAUGAUGAAUCAAAUAGACUCUUCGAUAAAUGCUAAGUUAUUUCAACAAGAUAAUCUCAGAAAAAAUUAUAUCAAUGAUGGUAGAUAUAAUAGUAGAAAGACUAAUGCAGCGUAUUCUAUUGAUGUGAAUUCUGGUGAAUCGAGCCAUGAAUAUAGUUAUGAAAAUAGAAAAUUACCACCUGAUACAAAAAAAAAGAAAAACCCGACAAUUUUUAAUGAUAUACAACCAUUUAAAAAGAGUAAAAAAACAAACAAAUUAAACACUGAAUCAUAUAAAAGUAACUCUGAAGUUUCUGAAGAAGUUAAUAAUAAUAUUAGACGUAAAACAACUAAAAAGAAAAACCAUACAACUAAAAUAAAACCUGUUAAAAAUAUAGUCCGUGAUAAUGAUAAUUCUGACAACGAAAGUGAAUCUUUUGAAGAAAAUAAUCAAAUAAAUAUACUAAAACAUAAAAAAAAAAAGCCUAAAAAUGAAACCUUUUCAAAAAUUACAACUAAUACUAAAAAGAAUUUAAAUGAAAAAAUUUCUCCUUCAAAAAUAUCUAAUACUACGAUUAAACUUAAAAAAUCGAAAAGUAAUGUAACAAAAAAAAAAGUUACUGAUGUUAAUAAAAAAAAGAAAAUUAACAAUAAUGUCAAAUCACCGAAAAAUAAACACAAUGAUAAAAAAAAAAAUGUAAAUAAGGUUAAAAAAAUUACUAAGAUUACUAAAAUAAGACCUUUGAAUAAUCAAGAGAAAAUAAUCAAAAAAAAAAAUAAUAAAAAUAAUACAACCAAAUUAAAAAAUAAAAAAAUUGUAACUGUCGAUGGAAAUACAUACCGCCCCAAAAAUAAAGUAGUGAAUCGUUAUAUUACAACUGAUUCUUCAAGACUGGGUAAUCCCAGCACAACAAAUAUUGAUAAUAGCCAACAGCGUUAUAGAUGGAAAUAUGCAAACGAACCGAAUGAAGGACGUGGAUAUAGGAUUGGCUAUCGUUUAUCACCAAAUUUUUCAUACCUUAUGGGGAGUAAUCCAAGAUAUUACACAUCACUAAUUUAAUGAUUCAUAUCAAUUGAAUAACGAAUAAUUUAUGACUUUGCUGUAAGAAUUUUACCAAGUCCACAAAUACUUAUAUAGAAAGACAUAUUAAUUUAUCUUUAUUCUAUAUUCAAUAUGAAUUUUAAAUAAUAUAUUUUAAAAUGUAUUUUACGCUUUCAAACGACAUCUCUUUUGGAGUUAUUAUAUAAUAAUAUUUUAAAAAUCAAA